AUGGGAAGCGUCUUUUUGCCCCAUUUACAUACAGGAUGGCAUGUUGACCAAGCUAUUUUGUCCGAGGAUAGCCGCCUGGUUGUCAUUCGAUUCGGCAGAGAAACAGACCCUGAUUGCAUGUUGAUGGACGAAAUUCUCUACCGCGUCACCGAAGAAGUGAAAAACUUUGCAGUCUGCUACCUUGUUAACAUAGAUGAGGUGCCAGAUUUCAACACGAUGUAUGAACUCUAUGACCCCAUGACCAUCAUGUUCUUUCACAGAAACAAACAUAUGAUGUGUGAUUUUGGAACAGGCAAUAACAACAAGCUCAAUUUUGUGCUCCAAAGUAAACAGGAAAUGAUAGACAUAAUUGAAACAAUCUACAGAGGAGCCAUGAAAGGAAAAGGUUUGGUUGUCAGUCCAAAGAGUUAUAGUCACACUAAUAGAAGCACAGGUUUUUGA